AUGGAAACAAGUGUCGAGUCGUUGCUGUUGGGAAUAACUUCUCAAGCAGAUGCCACUAUAGAACCAUUACUCACAGAUCACCAUGCAGAUAUAAGCGACACUUUUUCAGAGUCCAACAAGCGCAAAACUCCUCCAACAGAAAUUCCUGUCACUUCUGAAGAGGAUAUUCUCAAAAUCACUCCAUUGGGUGCUGGAAACGAAGUUGGUCGAAGUUGUAUUCUACUAGAAUUCAAGGGGAAAACUAUCAUGUUGGACUGUGGCCUUCAUCCUGCACACUCUGGUCUGGCUGCUUUGCCUUUUUUUGAUAAUAUCGAUCCUGAAUCAGUAGAUCUGGUUCUUAUCACACAUUUCCAUGUCGAUCAUGCUGCUGGACUGCCCUAUUUCAUGGAAAAGACGGCAUUUAAAGGUAGAGUCUUUAUGACACAUCCCACUCGAGCGAUCUACAAAUGGCUGGUAUCUGAUUAUAUCAAGAUCAGUUCAUUGUCACCAGACGACCAGUUGUACUCUGACAAGGACUUGGCAAAUUCAUACGGACGAAUUGAAGUCAUUGACUAUCACCAGGAAGUGGAUCUUGGUGGUAUUAAAUUCACUCCAUAUUAUGCAGGCCACGUUCUUGGCGCCGCCAUGUUCCUUUUGGAGAUUGCUGGUGUCCGCCUCCUCUACACUGGUGACUAUUCUCGCGAAGAAGAUCGUCAUCUCAUGGCUGCUGAACGCCCUCCAUCCUCCAUUAUUCCCGAAGUUCUCAUCUGCGAGUCUACAUUCGGUGUUCAAACUCUUGAGCCUCGGCUUGACCGCGAGCAACGAUUUACUCGUAUGGUUCAUACAAUCGUUAAACGAGGAGGCAGAUGCCUUCUUCCCGUUUUCGCACUUGGUAGAGCACAGGAACUUCUUUUAAUUCUUGACGAGUAUUGGCACGCUCAUGCCGACCUUCAUUCUGUUCCCAUUUACUAUGCCUCAGCGAUUGCCAAAAAGUGUAUGGCUGUGUAUCAAACGUACACAAACAUGAUGAAUGGAAGAAUCAGAGAAAUGGCCAAGAUAUCUAAUCCGUUUCAGUUUAAGCACAUUAGCAAUUUGAAGAGUAUUGCUCAGUUUGAUGAUGUGGGUCCGUGUGUGAUGAUGGCAAGUCCAGGAAUGCUACAGAGUGGACUGUCACGAGAGUUGUUGGAGCUUUGGUGUGUUGACAAGCGUAAUGGGGUCAUCAUUCCUGGGUAUGUAGUUGAGGGAACACUGGGAAAGCAAAUUUUAAGUCAACCUGACGAAAUACCGGCCAUGAAUGGAUCAAAACUACCUCUUCGACUUAGUGUUGAAUAUAUUUCGUUUUCAGCCCAUGUUGACUACCGCGAAAACUCCGAGUUUAUUGAAAUGGUUGGCUCGCAAAAUCUAAUUCUUGUUCACGGUGAUUCAAAUGAGAUGGGACGAUUGCGAAGCGCUUUGCAGAGUCGAUAUGCUGAACGCGAAGUUCCACUACAUAUAUACACUCCACGUAACUGCGAAACAGUUGAGCUUGUAUUUCGAGGAGAAAAAAUGGCCAAAACUACGGAUGUAUCUGUACAGAUUAAGGAUGGUACAGUUUUAAAAGGAAUACUUGUAUCCAAAGACUUUGCGUUCCAGAUUGUUUCUCCUGGAGAUUUAGAUACAUUUAGUACUCUGCAUACAGUUUCGCUUAUUCAGAAGCAAACAGUGAUGACGCAGGCGACAUAUGGGCUUGUUCGAUGGCAUUUGGAACAGAUGUAUGGUGACGUGGGCAUAGAGGAAAAAGGGGUAAUGAAUGUAUUUGGUGUUGUUAGGGUGAAAAUGGGUGACGAUGGUGCAAGUGGAGCAUCUAUUAGUGUUGGGUUGGAAUGGGAAAGCAACCCUGUCAAUGAUAUGAUUGCAGAUUCAGUUGUUGCCGUGUUGCUUCAGGCUGACUGUAGUCCUGCUAGUGUUAAAGGUAUAAUUUGCUACUGUCAUUUUAUGUUUGAUGCAGAUUUUCAGAUGAGUGAUUUGAUACUGAUUCACUACUUUGUAUGA